AUGUCCAUGAUUUAGUGUGUAUCAAUAUGAAAAAAAUUCCUUCCCAGUCUCCGAAUCUAAAGACAUUAUCCAAAAUUUCCCAGAUAUACAGAGUGAUGCUUAAGAUACAGUUGACGAUUUUAUUUUCAACGUAUCAUUUCUCUUCCCUCAGCAGAGAAAAAAAAAAAAAAAACCUCAGCAACUAUUUCUGGGAUUCUUCAAAGGAGUAGGAGUACAGCGCCUGCUCCUCCUCUUUCAGCAUUGAUUUUCUACACAAUCUGUGAUAUGGUUUCUCAGAAAUGCUGUUUGGCAGUGCUGAAAAUUUCACGUGUUUUCAAACUUAAGCCACCCAGACUACACAGUUCAGUAUUUUCAGCUCCUUUCAUUUUCCUUUUCCCUUUAAUUAUAGAAGUCUCUAUUCCCUCUUUUUGCAACUGUGGUCAAGAAAGAUGCUACACGCGACUGUUUGUAGAAAGAACGUUUUUGGUUUUUGUUUUUUUCUUCUCAUGACGAUUCACAGUUGUUCUUCCCAAAUACAAAAGCUGCGCUAUAGCUAACUGAUGACACUGAGAGACAACACUUUACUCCUAACAACUUUUUAGACCCUCACCCGUUCAUUCCUUUGACUGUGGUGGAUGUGCCACACGCCCGGGGGAGAAAAAGCAAGUAGAGACUCUAAUUUUAAACUUGCACUGUAAAGCACUUUCAAAAUAGUAAUAGUUGACCUGCAUCUCAGACCUGACUUUCCUGCUCAAUCCAUUCCCCAGGACCCCUCUCCUGCUCCAAGUCCGGGUCGGUCGGGCGCCGGUUUCUGAAAUCGCACCGCAGUUUAUUGCGAAGCUGAGUGGGUGGGUCCACGCGCAAACCCAGACUCCGGCCAGGACGCCGAGCCCAGAGCUCCGCGUUGCGCGCCUAGAUCUCGGUCCCGCGCCCUUCGCCCGGCCUCACCACAAAUCCCAGUUUGAAAGAAAACUUCACGAGGCCGAAAUGAACCUCCCCUGGUCGCUGCAAUUCUUCCUUUCGAGCCGGCAGAAAACCACUGCACGUUGACUAUGGAAACAGAGGCUAUUGAUGGCUAUAUAACGUGUGACAAUGAGCUUUCACCUGAAAGGGAGCACUCCAAUAUGGCAAUUGACCUCACCUCAAGCACACCCAAUGGACAGCAUGCCUCACCAAGUCACAUGACAAGCACAAAUUCAGUAAAGCUAGAAAUGCAGAGUGAUGAAGAGUGUGACAGGAAACCCCUGAGCCGCGAAGAUGAGAUCAGGGGCCAUGAUGAGGGUAGCAGCCUAGAAGAACCCCUAAUUGAAAGCAGCGAGGUGGCAGACAACAGGAAAGUCCAGGAGCUUCAAGGCGAGGGAGGAAUCCGGCUUCCGAAUGGUAAACUGAAAUGUGACGUCUGUGGCAUGGUUUGCAUUGGGCCCAAUGUGCUUAUGGUACAUAAAAGGAGUCACACUGGUGAACGUCCCUUUCAUUGUAACCAGUGUGGAGCUUCUUUUACUCAGAAGGGCAACCUUCUGAGACACAUAAAGUUACACUCUGGAGAGAAGCCGUUCAAAUGUCCUUUCUGUAGCUAUGCCUGUAGAAGAAGGGACGCCCUCACAGGACACCUCAGGACCCACUCUGUGGGUAAACCUCACAAGUGCAACUACUGUGGACGAAGCUACAAGCAGCGCAGUUCACUGGAGGAGCACAAGGAACGCUGCCACAACUAUCUCCAGAAUGUCAGCAUGGAGGCUGCCGGGCAGGUCAUGAGUCACCAUGUACCUCCUAUGGACGAUUGUAAGGAACAAGAGCCUAUUAUGGACAACAAUAUUUCUCUGGUGCCUUUUGAGAGACCUGCUGUCAUAGAGAAGCUCACAGGGAAUAUGGGAAAACGUAAAAGCUCCACUCCACAAAAGUUUGUGGGAGAGAAGAUCAUGCGAUUCAGCUACCCAGACAUUCACUUUGAUAUGAACUUAACAUAUGAGAAGGAGGCUGAGCUGAUGCAGUCUCAUAUGAUGGACCAAGCCAUCAACAAUGCAAUCACCUACCUUGGAGCUGAGGCCCUUCACCCUCUGAUGCAGCACCCGCCAAGCACAAUCGCGGAGGUGGCCCCAGUUAUAAGCUCAGCUUAUUCUCAGGUCUAUCAUCCAAAUAGGAUAGAAAGACCCAUUAGCAGGGAAACCUCCGAUAGUCAUGAAAACAACAUGGAUGGCCCUAUCUCUCUCAUCAGACCAAAGAGUCGACCCCAGGAAAGAGAGGCCUCUCCCAGCAAUAGCUGCCUAGAUUCUACUGACUCAGAAAGCAGCCAUGAUGACCACCAGUCUUACCAAGGAAACCCUGCCUUAAAUCCCAAGAGGAAACAAAGCCCAGCUUACAUGAAGGAGGAUGUCAAGGCUUUGGAUACCACCAAGGCUCCUAAGGGCUCACUGAAGGACAUCUACAAGGUCUUCAAUGGAGAAGGUGAACAGAUUAGAGCCUUCAAGUGUGAGCACUGCCGAGUCCUUUUCCUAGACCAUGUCAUGUACACCAUUCACAUGGGUUGCCAUGGCUACCGGGACCCACUGGAAUGCAACAUCUGUGGCUACAGAAGCCAGGACCGUUACGAGUUUUCAUCACACAUUGUUCGGGGGGAGCACACAUUCCACUAGGCCUUUUCAUUCCAAAGGGGACCCCUAUGAAGUAACGAACUGCACAUGAAGAGAUACUGCACUUACAGUCCCACCUUCCUCAGAUGCCGACAUACCUUUUUUUUUUAACAUUGUUACUGUCAUUAAUUCUUAUUUUGUGGACGCAGUGUCAUUUGCUCUGCCUGAUUACAAUAAGGAAGAAACGGAAGAGAGAAGAGACAGGGGACAUUGUUCCUUAACAGCUUGACUUGUUUAUUGUGUGGGAAUUUAAGAGCAGUUCAUUUCUGCCAUGCAUAGAUAUAAGGUAUAUCAUGCUUUGAAAAAAAAAAAUCUCUUGAUUCAUAAAGAUUCAUCUAAGGAUUCUAAUUUGCCACUAAUGUUCAGGAUUGUGCAAAGGCAGGAAAGAUUAGCAUUUUCUGGGUUGGACUUUCACAGUUUUAAGUGGGAUAAGUAAUUUUAUCAGUCAAAGAACAAUUUGUUUCAAACUGUAAAUUGUUUUCCUUUUCCUCUAGAGAUCAUGGAACACACACACACAUUAUUUUCCAUGAUAACUCCUUGGAUGAGUAGUUGUUGUGGGUUCUAUGUUUACUUCCCCUGUGGAAUUUAUAACACGGUAUGUUGUACCCUGUACCAUAUAGCAAAACUUAUAAACUACAGGUAGUUAAGGACAGCUACAAUACAUCUGAGGUCCUAUGAUCUUAUUUUUCUAAACUUAAGCACUGUUUUUCCAUAGUUUUAAUGACUUGCAUUUUAUAGACACCCUGGCAGCCUUACUUUGAACACCUUUAACAAAUAGUGUUUUUAUCUAGUUUUCAGAAUAACAUAUGGUCUAAGAGUGGCUAAGAGGCAUUCAGUAGUUUUCAGAAGGGACCUCUACUUUUCUUAAAUUUGUUUGGGAAGUUUUCUUUUACAGCUGUAAUGUGAUGGCAGCAUAGUAUACGUAUUCCUUUCUGAAAUGUAUGCAUACGAUUGUCACUGUAUCAGCAUUUAAUCAGUGUUAACCAGUCAGCAGAAGAAUAUCAAUAUAAUUAGGCUAACAGUAGGGGGGAAAAACUCACCCAGAAAUCCCUUUUCUGGUAUUUCUCUUUUCACUGGUUUUAUUUUUCAAGCUUUCACCACUCCCCACCCCCAGUGUUUUGUCCAUAGUCUGUUCAUCUUUUAUUCUUCUGGUGGAAAGUCUUAAAAAUCUUGCUGUAGGCUAUUUCUUUGAAAAUCUCCUCAGAGCAGUUGCUAAUUUGACCCAAGUAUGGUAACUUGAACCAAUAAGGUUAUGGAACUAGGGCUAUUUAUUCUAGUAUUUCUUCAAUAAUAUUUACCACUUUUGGUACAAGGAAAAAGCAACUUCUUUGUAACCAGUGCAUUAUAGAUAAAACAGACAAAAACAGAAGCUUAUAUUUACCCUUCUUGGAGUCUAGAAUGCAACCGAACCUCCAAGCUAAUGUGUUUAUGUCCACACUUUUAUGUCUUGAAAACAUGAAACUAUCAAUAUAUAUAAGCUCUUAUGAAUCUCAAUCCCUUACUAAAGAAUUUUUCUUCAUUUAAUUCAUGUAUACAUUGGCAUAUUUCAUGGACAGAUUUUAAUUUCAUUUAUAUGGGUGAUUUGUUUUUUCUUUGCAGUCUAACAGCAUUAGAGGGGAGGAACUGAGUGAAACUGAUUAAAUUCAUUUGUGGGGGGCCCACUUGGAGGGAGAAUUCGCUGCUUGUGUUUAGAGAGGACAGGCCUGACCAUGACUGGAUUGUCUGAUAACCAUUUCUGAAUGUUAAAAUUACAUUAAGCAGUAAGUGAUGACUGCUCUAAAAAAGUCAUUCGAUGGGAUGUUGAAACUGUGUUUUAGUGCAGAAUGAUGUGAGAAUUAGCAACACUAGAGAACUAUGAUGGAUAAGCAGGUCUGGCCCCAGUACUGUUCAUCACCCAUUUUCAGUUUGCCAUUCACUUGUGUAAGCAGCGUCUAAGCACUGACACAGCUAGAGCUAGGCAAAAAAAUGGUUACAACCCAGCUCUCUUUCACUGGCCCUCUGUGGCAAUUAUUUUGGGGGAAAUAAUACCCAAACUGUUCCUUUACAUCUAAGACAAAGCACCAAAUCGGAGAUGUGAAAUGUUUUAAAUAGAAUGUUAACUGUCACUUUUUUUCCUGCAUGCUCGGGUGCAUUACCUCAUUUUGAACGUACAAUGUAUUAUUCAUAGGUGAAGUGUGUCUCUGAGACUUACCCCAUCUAUCCCAACCACUCAUAUAUAAUUGGAAUUUCAUUUUUUUUUCCUUUUGGAGGGAGGUAAAUAAGGUUAGUGAUUUUGUGUUUUACUAUAAUUUAAGGAAACAUUUGGAUGGCAGUCAAUAUGUUCAUAAUUUUGGCUAUGUGUGAAUUUCUGCUGGCAUCAUCUAUGAAUUUUUUUCCUGCUUACUAAUUUUUUUUUCAGUAUAUGAACAAUCAUGUACCUACCUGCCCAGGGAUGUAACUGAAUUCAGUGGACCUACAGAAUUGUAGAGUUAUCUGCUGAGGACAGUACUAAUGGCACUCUCCCUUUCUGAUUCCUUUUUUGUUUAAAUCUUUUUUCAAAAAGUUUCCACCAGUGUAUUACUUGUACUUUCUUAGCUUCAUAGGAGGAGCAGUUAGGGACAGAGAUGGCUUAGGGCGCAGCAGGGGCAAAUGAGGAAAAGGUCAAUUCCAGUGUGCGCGUUAGGUAGAAUUUUUGUGGACACAGUGCUUUCUGGGACACUCUGGAUGGCUAUAUUUGCAUGCUUCUUCACAAAAGGAAAUAUGCAAGAUGGUUGCACCUAAAAAUAAAUAUGAGGGUCAGACACCAAAUAAAUCAAGUUUUACAUAACAGUUAUAUGCUCAGUUUAUUUAGGUGAGAUUUCACAUUAGAGUAUUUGAGGGGCAUGUAAAUGGGUUAGCCUCUGUAUUUUCCAGUUUGGCAAAGAUGUGUCAUGUUGUUUUGCCCUAAUUUUCCCCAAAAUUUUAUAUCCAGCUCAUUUUAAAAGAUAUGUAUUGCCUCUCUCUAAAAGUGGUCAAUCACUUUUUUAAAGCCAUUCUAACCUGGCUUUUUACAAUAGUGAAAGUGACCAAUAAGCAAAUUGGAAGAGAUUUCAAGCUGUUGAAACAUUCUGUUGUGAAUCUUCUGGAAGGACAAAACGGGAGAAUGAGCGACUAGGAUUCAGAUCUGGCUGCAAGGAGAGACUGUAUCCCCUACAUACGUUCAAGCUGCUCUGUGCCUGCAUCAUAGUAUACAUACACAUUCUUUUAAAGAAAAUUCAUGAAAAAAAGAAAUUAGAGUAAUCAGGUGUGUUACAGGAGCCUAUAGAGAGUUAAAAUUAUGAUUAAUACCGGAGCAACUUAAUAGGUUUACUUUAUCAGACUGUAUAGAGAAAUUUUAAAGUUACUAGUCUAUCUUCAGGAGUAGUCACAACUAUUCAACUUAAACCUUGAGUCUUUACUAUGUACUUCCAGAACAAAUCAAAACAGUGAAUCAAAAAAAGAACUUUUAAGCUGAUUUCACAUAACCUCUAAAGUGAAAGAAACAUAAAUUACUCUUAAAUGGAAAGAGUUUUCAGGUUUUACUUGUUGGCAAAUGGAGAAAGGCAACAAUGUUUUAGUGAGCUCGGUAUUGUUUUUAUUUAUGGGUUUUGUAUUUCAGUCUUAGACGUCACAAAACCAUGAAGUUUUUAUGAUAUUUUAUAAAUGUUUGACAAAAAUUACAUCAGUGAAGGCAUUUAGGUGAAAAUGAUGUUUUACUUUUGUUAUCUUUAAACUGAUUCCUUAAGGUGAAUGGAAAAAGAACAGAGAAGUCUGCAAAAAUACAAAUAAAAAACUCUAUGCUCCUGGUUUCAAGACAGAACUUAGACUAUAGGAGGUAUUGGCUAUGUUAUUUUUUAAUUUUGAAUUAUUAAUUUUACAAAAAGGGAUGUUAUAGUUUGUGAUCAUCUUUCAUUCUAUUUUAUAUAUUAUUUCAGUAAAUAUUGUCUGUAUGAAAAUUAUUCUAAAACAGAAAAUUCCCCAGAGGCAAAAGAAAAAAAAGAAUAGAGGGUGAAAUUGAAGUUUAUCUAUACGAAAGUCAUCUUAGAAAUGUUUUAAGCCUCCAGUUUCUGCAAAAUAAUUAAAAUAUACAGUAACUGGUCUUAAGAUCCUGAAUUUAAUGUAUCAAAUACUUAUAAAAUUUAUUUAUGUUUGUGCCUUUUUAAAAUGCAUUGAGUGUUGGUUAGCUGUUUAGUUCUACACCACUUAUAUUACGCAUUUUUAAAAAUCACUUAAAAUUACUAUAUAAUUCGUCUUCGUGUUCUUAGGUCAAAAGCAUUAGAGGAAUUUCCCAUACAGAGAGUUUCAGCUCAUCUGCUUAAAGUAAAAGAAAACUUUGAAACCAGAUGUUGCUGUCUUUUUAGUUUGGUAGUAUUUCUGAAUACCAUUACAAGAUUAUGCAGGUAGUAUAUGAGAUGGAGGGAAAUUGUAGCUGUGAAUUGCAUUAUGGUAUGGUAUGUAUUUUUGUUUUGUUUUUAAGGAAGAAUAAGUUCUAGUAUCAAACAAGGCUUUAUUAGUGGAAUUUUGAAUCAAUAAAAUACAGUAUUGCUUUGGAAUUUCACCUAUAGUCUAGUGUUCUGCUAGUCUUAGAAUGUCCUCUUCUAACCUGUUAAUGUUGUGUGGAAUGAUGUAAAGAAGCAGGCCAUUAAUUCUCCUUAAACAAAACAGAAUUGAAGAGUUAUAUCAUAUUGCUACUCUCCAAAGUAUAAUCUCAAAUGGUUUCCUACCAUGGUUGUGUAUUACUUGCAAUGGAUGUGUUAAAAUAUGACAGCUUUUUAAAAAAGAAAUGAGCUGCUUGUUAUUCAAAGCAAAUGUCAUAUGACCAAGAAGCUGUGAGAUGCUAGUGUUUCUUUUUAUCAUAGUGUAUUGCUAGGCCAAAUAAUGACACCUUGAAUAUUUUUACAUUUAUUGCAGAAACCUAAAAUUUUGGAAUUUCCAUAAGGUUUUUUAUGUAACAUUAUAUUUCUAGCUUUUUAGUUUUCUCUUGCUGUACUGUAAGUUUGUGGAUAUUUUUCACACAUACUCUUUGAAAAUAAGUUCCUAAUUCUGUUUAUGGGGUUUUUCUCCCAUAACAUUGCAUUUGUAUAUUUUCUGUAUAAAUUUAUUGUGAAUUAACCUUUAUCCCAUACAGAGUGGUACGUGAAUGACUAGUUUUCUAAGAUGUCCUUUUUAUUGUGAAUAAAAUAUAAAAUUUAGAGGCCCUCUGCUAAGCCACAUAAAAGUACAGCAUAAAACUUCUUAUAGGUUUAGAUAAGCCAGUUUGCAGUUAAUCUGGCCCUUUAAAUUACCUCAAGUGACACACAGUAAGAAAAGCUUCUUCAAUGGGUGGAGGUCACUGAUUCCCCAACUAUGCACUUACCAGGAUUCUACUUAAUUUACUGGAAAUGGAUUUUUUUUUUUUUCAUGAAUACACUGUAACAAGGGAAAGACUCUGGGUUUUGUUUUGUUAUUCUUUUGUGUGUGUGUGUGUUUUUAAGUAGUUCAGUUUCGGAAACUGUGAUAAAACAUUUUGACUUGUCAAGUAUACUCUCAGAUAUUGAACAUAAAUCGCAUCCCCUUGUGUGUAUCAAAGUUUUUUGUGAUCUGUUAAAUUUUGCCUGCUUUCACCACAUCCUUUCUGUUUUCUGUCCAUGUUCCCUCCAUCAUUGUCUCUGCCUCCCUUUCCCCCUACUAGUUUGAGGAUUAGGUCAGGUUUUUAUUUCCAGUUCAUAGGUCUCUUAAGUCUUAAUUUUUUGUGUAUGAUUUUUGUUGGCUGUAUAAUCUGCUGACAUAUUUUUAUAUUCAAGUGUAGUUUUCUAUUUUUUAAAAAAGUAGUUGAAUUAAAACAAGUAAGGUAUAUAACCCAUGUGUUACAUUCACUUUCAGAUAUUGGGUAUCUAAAAUAUGACUUCAGAGACUAUGUAAUCAUAAGAACAUGAUAUGUUUCCUUCCUUUCUUGCUGGAUUUUAUGUUCUGAUUUGGUUGUUCUCCUAAAAUAUGUGUUAUGAGAAAUUAAACAUUUUUUUUGCAAGAACUUAGAAAGAUGUUAAAAAUCUAAAGCAAAAAGUCUUAACUAUCUUCCAGCUGGGAGAAAAUGCUUUAACAUUACUAUAAUAAUAUUCCAGGUUUGGAGUGGGCUCUCCAGGCUCCCCAUUUGCUCUUAAUAGCUGAACUUUUUAGACCAUGUGUUAUUUGCAAUCCCAGAGCGAUUGCUUCUGCUACUUAGUUUAAAAGAUGUUUUUCUUUACUUUCUGUACAAGUGCAAUACUUUCCUUGAAGUCUUAAAAAUGAUGGUUAUUUUUCUUAUUCUUUCUUUAGUUAAAGACAAAAAGAAACUCUUGAAAAUUAUGGCAUGUUAAAGGACACAACAAGCAAAAAGAAAAACACACCACAGUCAAAAGAUUAGAGAAUGUGGAAACCACUGGUCUAAUCUCAUGAUAUCUUUAUUUAGACUAAAUUUUUUUGGAAAUUAGUAAUCUUUUGCCUGAGAAAUGUAUCCUAAAGUUGAAAUUCUUAGAGACUGAAUUGUUUUUCGUAGACCCUUGUCCAGUGUUUUAAAUUAAGAACCUAAUAUUUUUUUCUAUUUUUCUUUUCUCCUUUGGAAAUGAACUUUAAAAUAAAAGUAAAGCACUUAGCUCAAUUUUAAACACUUAUCACCUAUUGGAGAAAAUUUUUAAGAAAUAUUUGGAGCACUCCUGUUUUCAUACAACUUAAGUAAGAGAUAUUUUUCAUAUCCUACAUAUUUAUAUGUAGCAUUCUGAUUUUCUUUUUUUAUAUCUGUGUCCCUGUAGUAAAACUGCUGUAAUGUAAAUACAUAUUUUGAUUAAAAAGAUAACAUUUCUUUGGCAUUUUUUUAAAAGGCAGUUACUGCAUUUGUACAGUAUAUGUCUUGGCCAUUUUAGAAUUUUUUUUUUCUUUAACAAUACCAAAGGUAAUUAGACUACUUUGAAAACUAAUUGCUUGACAGUUUCUAGGAUAUUUUAAGUUUUAGAAGCGAAAAAAAAGAUAGGUCAAACCAGUAAACCUCAUUUUUUUUCAAACUAAUAAUUUGGGAAAAUAAAAACUAUUGUUUAAAAAAGAUAUAUAUAUAUAUAAAUAUAUAUGUAAAAUUAAAAUUCCAGACCUUGUAUGUCAGGUUUGCUCAGUGUAAUGUAGUUUUUUUAAGGCUCAAAUACCAUACCUCAGAAAAUGAGGUUUACUAUGGAAAUACUGAAACAGUCUUUGCAGUUGUGUGACAAGUCACCCUGCUAUACACCAAUUUGGAGACCUCCGCUAACAGUUCUAUCACUGCAGACUAAAAUGUGGGACUUGUAUUUCAUUUGUUUUUAAUGCACACACAUACAUGUUCCGUGCAUGUAUGUGGGUAUUGUGUAUAUGUGUAUGAGUGUUGUAAUAUGCAUGUGUGAGUGUGUGUUUGUAUGUGAGUACAACUAAAGAAGCUGCAGAAACUUUGUAAUACUUUGUGAAAAGGAUUAUAUUAUAAAGGUUUGUACUGUCUGAGUGCACAGCUACUGGAAUAAAUUUAGGGAAUCUCAGGAACAAGCAUAUAAUUUGUCCAAGAUUUAUUUCUUCUCAGAAGUGUAAGUGCAGUUUUUAAUUCUGUAUAUUAUUUAAUAUUUUACCAAUAAAAUAAACUUCUGACAUAAAAA